CACAUAUUCCAGGAUUUUGGCUUGCUCUAUUGCUUAAUCCGCCACUCAGCCCUCAAACCCCACAAAUUCAGUGCCCAAAAGAUAAGAUUUGAUUGCUCCACUCGCUAAUUUCAACCUCCCUUGAAAUUCCCUUAAUUCUAUGGACUGGAAAUUCGUUGUUUCUGUUCCUCCUCAAUGAUAGCUUCGUCGCCGGAACUCGCCACAAGUUGUCGUAAAAUAAUCGUUAGUUUCAUCAGUUCAGCUGCAUGAGUAGUCAAGUGAUUCGACUGAGAAGGGAGUUUACGAGCUGCUUCAAGGUGGAAGCAGUUUUAUUGAAGUCGAAUCAAUCAUGGUUGCGGUUUUUGUUUCUCCAACGACGAGGGUAUCUUCGACGAAGAUGUUCUCGUCUUUAUCUCGCCGUCAAUGCGAUGCUUAUACUUAUUCUUCUAUUACAUUACGUUCUUCUCCUCGACGAUUGAUCCCUCGUUUCACUAAUUUAAGGCUGAACAAUUUCUGUACAAGAUGCUCUAUUAUGACAAAUACUGAACUCUUGAAUAAUGUGAUCACAGAAGAUGUUCAUCAUGAUCCAUCAAUUGAUGCAUCAAGUUGUUCAGUUCCCAUUGUUCAUCUUAAUUCUGAAACCCAUGAUACCGAAUCAGCAAACUUACUUGUGGAAGGCACUUUUGUAGACAUGAUUUUAACCACAUUGCCGAUUCUUUCAGAGGAGGAGCAGGAAGUCAUUGCUGCAAUGCCUGCUCAUCCAGCAGGACUAUAUGCAUUAUAUGCUAGUUGCCUAGCUGGCAAUUUGGUGGAACAGCUAUGGAAUUUUGCUUGGCCUGCUGCUAUUGCAUUGCUUCAUCCAAGCCUUCUUCCAGUUGCUGUCAUGGGUUUCUGCACUAAGGUUGCUGUUAUUGCUGGAGGCCCAUUAGUUGGCAAACUUAUGGAUCUAUUUCCCCGUGUACCUGCAUAUAAUUUUUUGACUACAAUCCAGGCAUCUGCUCAAUUGUUAUCAGCUGGGAUGAUAAUUCAAGCACAUAUGGCACAUGCCUCCCUUGAAACAUCUGUACUGAUGCGCCCUUGGUUUAUCAUAUUAGUAUUAGCAGGGGCUGUUGAGAGGCUAUCUGGACUGGCUCUUGGGGUUGCAGUGGAACGUGAUUGGGUUGUUCUGUUAGCAGGAACAAACCGACCAAUUGCUCUUGCUCAAGCGAAUGCUAUUUUAAGUCGUAUUGAUCUCCUCUGUGAGAUUGCUGGAGCAUCUCUUUUUGGCAUUCUUUUAUCUAAAUACGAAACAAUUACAUGCUUGAAGCUUGCUGCUGCCUUGAUGAUGUGGUCAUUACCUGUUGUGAUUGGUCUCACAUGGUUAACCAACAUGCUUUCCUCUGGUGUUCUUGAUCGUGCCAAGUGUCCACAAAACAUCCUCCAGAACUUCCUCCAAAGAACACCUGCCACCCUGGAUAUGAGUAUGGGUGCGAUUAAACAUGGGUGGGAUGAAUAUAUGAAGCAGCCUGUUCUUCCUGCUAGCCUAGCCUAUGUACUUCUUUGCUUUAAUGUUGUUCUUGCCCCAGGUGGUCUAAUGACAGCCUUUCUCACACAGCAUGGUUUAAGUCCAUCUCUUAUUGGAGGGUUUAGUUGCUUAUGUGCUUUUAUGGGUGUUGGAGCAACAUUCAUGUCUGCUCAAAUGGUGAAGCAACUUGGCAUUUUAAAGGCUGGGGCAGCUGGACUUAUAUUGCAAGCUUCACUUCUUACCAUGGCUGUUGCUGUGUAUUGGAGUGGAACACUUCCCAAGCAGACUGGCCUUCUAUUCUUUCUUGGGUUUAUUGUGUUGUCAAGAUUGGGACACAUGUCGUACGAUGUGGUUGGAGCACAGAUUCUACAAACAGGAAUCCCGCCUUCAAAAGCAAAUCUUAUUGGGGCAACGGAGGUUUCCAUUGCAAGUUUAGCAGAAUCCAUAAUUUUGGGUGUUGUUAUAAUCGCAAACGAUGUUUCUCAUUUUGGAUUUUUAGCGAUGCUUUCGCUUUUAUCCGUGGUGGGGGCCGCAUGCUUGUUUUGCCGAUGGUUAACCAAUCCUACAGAUGUACAAAGAAGUCUUUUUGCUUUUUGAUACCAAAUUUUUUAUUCCAUUGUAAUUAUGUACACUUGGGGUCCU